AUGCGCGGGGCCAUCCCCGGGCUCAGCCUGGCGCUGCUGGCGGCGGAGCGCGGGGCGAGGCUCUGUGCCAUCAUCCAUUACCUUGUCCAUGGGCAGCUGGGCUGGUUUGGGCUGACCACAGCCUGUGUGGUGCCCGGCUAUGCCGCUCAGCUCCUCAGCAUCCUCUGGUUCCGGGCGGACGGACACCCACCCAGCUGCUGGCUCCUGGUGCUCCAUCUCCUCCAGCUGGGCCUCUGGAAGCGGUACUGGGAUGUUUUGCGGAUAGCAGGCGGCAGUGCCCGUGCUGGGGAGGUGCUGACACAGCUCGGGGACGUGUGUGUGCUGCAGCUCCUGGAAGCCCUGUUGCAGACCCUUCCUCACCUCCUGCUCCAGGCCUACGUUGUUGUGGCUGUUGACCCAGUGGGCUUCAUCCCUGGUGUCAGCGCAGGGCUGUCCCUGCUCUCCCUCUCCUGGGCUUUGGCCUCCUACAGCCACUUCACCUGCCUGCUGAAGCCUGGCCACCUCAGCCUGCCAGCUGGGGCCAUGCUCUGCCUGAUGCUCUGGAGGACAGGGAUGCUGGGGACCAGGGUCCUGGCCCUGGUGCUCUUUGCCAGGCUCUACUCCUUUUGGGUUUUUGCUGUGGCAGGUGUCCACUGGUUGCUCAUGUCCUUCUGGCUGGUGGCCCAGCAGACAGAUAUUGUGGCCCAGCCGUGCCGCUGGAGGCUGUUUAAUGGCCUGUUGGGGGCUGUGUACAUCUUCUGCUACAUCAAUGUCCGACCCGGUCCCUCCAAGACCAGGGUGUCUGUAUUUUAUGCAAUAAUGCUGAUGGAGAACACGCUCCUGCUGCUGUUGGCCACCCGGUUCCUGCAGGCAGAGCUGAGGAACAGCCUGGGUGUGACUGGGGCUGUCAUGUCAGGGUCUGUAAUAGGUGCCACAGCUCUGGUGGUUUAUUACAGCCUGCUCCAUCCCAAGUCCACAGAGAUCUGGCAGGGAUUCCUGGAGACAUCCUGCAGUGCUGCAGCAGCGGGUGAUGAUGAGGUCUCUGGGGAGAGCUCCCAAGCUGGGCAGAGCUCAGGAAUUUCGGGAGAUGAAGAGUCUUUGUCAGGGGAAGGGACCACAGCAGAUCCAAAAAAUGGGAACAGCUCAUUGCUCCUGCAGUCCAGAGGGUGUUUGGAGGACAGCUGGACAAACCAUCACCACUGGCUGCUGGUAAAGCUGGCCUUGAAGACAGGAGAUCUGUCCGUGAUCAACGCAGCCUUCGGAGAUGGUGGCGUGGGAGAGGUUUAUCCUGGAGGAUGGAUGAUGGGGAAACCCACCGGAGUUGAGUCUGGGGCAAACUUUUCUCCCCCCAUGAGGGACAUUGUUCCUCAGGAGGCUGAAUCUGGUCUGACAGUGGGGAAUGGAGGAAGCAUCAAACCCAGCGCCAGCGCUGCAGGAAUGGCACAGGAGGAUGGAGCAGGACAGGAGCCUGUUUUUCCCCCAUCCAUAUCCCGUCCCAGCAGCUUCUCCCCAGAUUCAGCUGAGGGCUCCUCUGUGUAUUUCACUGCCGUCGCAGGAGGCAUCACCUUGCCUGGGACAGGGACAGGCACAGGCACAACAAUGUGCAUGCCCCUGGUGCAAAAGGACAGUGAAGCCCAGCCUUCUCCAGGAUGCCUGAGAGAAGGAAGAGGGGCAGUAGGAAGAGGAGGAGGAGAGGAUUUAUCCCUUGGGAUGGCAAGCAUCAGCCCAAUCCUGGGCACUUGUGCCCACAAGCACCUGCAGAGGAGCUUUUCCCUUGGCAACACAGGCAGCUGUGGGGUGGCAGGUCCCCCCAACGAGGGCUCAGAGGGGACAGAGGGUGCCCUCACGGGGUGGAAUCACCUCUGGGACACCCACCCUUGUGGCACACAGGGGACUGUCAGGAGGAGCAAGCUGAGGUCACCAUGCUUCACCUCCACCCCCAAGGCUGACCCUAAAUGCCCACAGCAAGGACUGGGGGAGCUGGGAGAGGGGACAGACCUGUCUGGGUUGCCAGGGUGACCCUGUAAAGGGCUGCACUGUCACCUUGGGGUGACUGUCUCAUCAAUAAGGCCUGGCAGGAGGUGGUGGGGUGAAGACUGUCCCCGUGAUGCCCCUGACACUGGGCGGAUGUGCUCCUCCAUCACCAGGACAUCACCUUCCCUCAUGGUGCAUCUUCUACUUGCAUUUUUGGAGAACUUCAAAGGUCUUAAAAAGCCCUAAAAGUCCAGGGCUAGUUAUUUAUUGACCUCAUUUAUGUCAGAGUCCUGCCAGGCUGCCAGAGUGUGCUGCCUUUGGUAUAUUUGUGACAAUGACUUGAACUGUGUCCUUUACCAAGUGCCUGUACAAGCUGCUGGCCUGUCCCAGUCUGGAGACCUGGCUGCUGUCUCCAGGCUGCAGUCUUGGCCAAAGCAGGUGUUUUCUCAGGACAAAUAAGUGCCUAAACCAGAAAAAUUAUGAGUUUUAUGUCCUUCCUUCGGGGCAGAGUAAGCCCUCAAGUAAGGCUCAGCAGUGCUUGGUUUAUCUUUCCCCCACCAGGUUCAUCUUGAGACCUUUACCAACUCCAUUUUUCAGGGUCACAGAUCCUCUUCAUGCUGUAGACCACAACCUCAGGACUCUGAAUUGUAGCCAAGAGCCAUGUCCUGCUGCUUGUCCACUGUCCCACUUCCUCAGGUGGCCUUUUCUGCCCAGCUUCCUCCUUGCCCUCUUCCACCCAGCUUCCAGAUCAUAGAAUCACAGAAUGCUUUGGGUUGGAAGGGACCU